AUUUUUUCUCCUAAUCUGUACAUUUUAGGGCUACCUUUUAAAACAGUCCAGAAGAACCUUCUCAUGGGAUAUUUACUGGGGUGUCGUUAAUCCUGGACGCCUGGAAUUGCAGAGCGCUUUCAAACCGAACGUGCUGAUCAAAGAAUGCAUGUUAAACAAGCUUUCCUAUGUGAAGGAAGAACCAUGUGAUUCGAACAAGCCUCUGUUCAAGUUCAUUGUAAAAGCAGCUAACCGAACGUACGUCUUUGCCACCCGUGACAAGUUAAACCAACAGGAAUGGAUAGCUGGAAUCCAGCUGGCAAUAGCCAGGUGCGACAUAAGUCGCAACUAUUAUUUGGAAUCAUACUCGAAAAGACGAUUCAAAACAGGAGACAGCAUUCGCAGAACGAAGAAAGAGAUGAUACCGGCAAUAACGGCAAUAGAUCGCAAGUUAAACGGCACACUACUGUAUGAGAAUGGCUCGGGGACAAUCGAAAACAAGCUUGCAAAAGAACUUAAACGAUGCAGUCGUCUAGAAGAGGAGAAAAAGCAGCUGGCGCAGCAACUUGAAGUAGAAAAGAAGGCCACCAAAGACGAAGAGAUUGUGCGAAGGCUGGCCGUGCAGAUGAUAGAAGACGAAAGAACGGAAAAGGAGCGAUUGCUAAUGGUCUGCAGGGAGCUACAACAUGAGCUGGACAAAGAGCGGAACGAGCGGAAGGAUUUGGAAACCAGAUUGGCCAUGAAACGAGCAGAGAUGGAGAAAGUAAAGCACCGUCUCAAAAACAUUCUCAACAGCGAUACGGGCGAUUAUCUGAUAGACCGGAGCCUGCCUAGAACUUUCAGGUAUCGUUGCAGAAUGCAUACGAGUUAAAC